UGACGUCUGUUGUUGCUCGUGAUUGGCUGAACUAGUUGAAGCAGUGUAAAGGUUGCGAGUGGGACGUAAACAAGCCAAGUAUUUUCCCUGAGAGACUGCGCCACGGCGGGAUAACCACUCCACAACGUUGCUACGACAUAAACAACAUAAAGGUCAGACAUGAGGCUGUGCUCACCUUUAAUAUUCUGCCUGAUGGCAGCUGUGGCCUCUGCCUUUGUGAUCUCGCCCAAACCCAUGUGGACCAAACUGAUCCUGACCCACCACUGGCCCAGCACUUUCUGUUCUAUGGAACCCUGUCACCCCACCAUCAGCUACUGGACACUACACGGACUCUGGCCAGAUAAAGGGAUUGAAUGCAACUCAACAUGGCAUUUCAACUCCUCUGAAAUUGAGGACUUGCGUCCUGACAUGGAGAAAAGUUGGCCCGACUUGAUUAAGCCCACAUCUUCUGGCUUCUGGAAGUACGAGUGGCAGAAACACGGUACAUGUGCGGCUAAAGCAGAGUCUCUGAAUAGUCAACAUAAAUACUUCAGCAAAGCUUUGGAACUGUACCACAAACUGGAUUUGGACAGCAUCCUGAAGAAGUUUGACAUCACCCCUUCAGAAAAAUACUACAAAUUUUCACAGAUUGAAGCAGCCAUAGAGAAUUUCUACAGCGUCAAGCCUAAGAUUCAAUGCGUCCAUCCAUCAAAGAAUGCUGAUGUCCAGCUUUUGGGACAGAUUGAGAUUUGCUUUGACACUGAUUUCGCUCUCCAGGAUUGCGAAAAAGAGAAAGACUGGGUCAAGAAUAUGUCUGUUGACAAGGUGUCUGGGUUCAGCGUGUGUGACCAUGAUAUUCCAGUGUACUACCCCCCUCUACCUUAAAAGUUAUACAUGACCUAACUGAGCUGGUGGUACACAUGUUCACAAAUGCAGUCAUGUGUACUGUAACUAAGAUGCACGCACACUUACAAUAAUUUCAUUUUCUCAGGUAAUCAACAUCGUCGCUUAAUGAUCAUUUAAAAUAGCUUUGGAUAAUCGGGGGAGAUUGAAAACACUUCAGCUUAAUCGAAAUGCAGUCAGGGACAAGUACUUGAAAAAAACAAAAUCAUCUUUAUUGCAUUGAAUGUGCUGUUGUUUUUAUAUAACUCGCAAACCAGCACACAGACAGACAGACAGACACGCACUCUCCACUACCAUGUCCAUGAUGUCCUUUCCUGACCCUUUAGAGUACAUAAGUCCAACAAGCAGGAUGUUUUUUUGAGGACACAGCAGGAGGCACUGUGGUAAGUCUAGGUCAAGGCAGGCGAGCCAACUGGCUGUUUACCGUACGUGAUUAUAUAUAUAUACGUACAUAUGUGUGUAUUUUGAAGUAAGUAAGACUUUAUUUUUGACUCCAACUUCACGCAAUAAGAUGUAAAUGUCAAACCACUUUGGAUCUAACUCUACAACUGACAGUAUUUUAUAGUUUAUGAAACAUUUGUGACAUUUUAUUGAUGAAUUCAGACAGUACAUCAAAAUAACUAGUGUAAGACUUUAUUUUUGACUCUAACAUCAUACGUUCUGACUCGCUGUAUUUUGUAUUUUACACCACAUUUGUGAUAUGUGGUUGUUUAAUUCAGUCAUUUCAUCAAAAAUAACUGGACUCUUUGAUUCAUACCUCACCUUCCCAUCAAUUUGGAGAACAUUGGUACAAUAGUUUCCGUGUAAUCCUGCUACAAACACACAGACAAACAAAAACAACAAACACUAGAUGCCACACAAGUUCAUUUUGCACCAGUAUAUAAACACAAAGCCAAACAAGUCCAAGUAUUUUUAUUUUUUGUCAGUGAUGUAGCAAAUGUUUUUUUGUAAACAUGUUUUCCUAAUCCCACACUGAUUUGUACCUAGUCUCUAACUGAUUUUAUAGUUUUUCUUGCCAAUCUUAAAUCCAAGAACUGUAUUCAAUUGUUGUAAUUAUAGCUGCUGUGGACAAAUGGUAUGGUGUGAGAUUACUAGAAUGACUUUAUAUACAUAAGUACUUUUAAUGUCAAUAAAUAAUCUGAUGUCUGGUCA